UAUAUAUAUAUAUAACCCGCAUUUCCGGCCGCAGAUCUGCACAUUAUUGACGGUGCUGUUACUAGUUCGAGUAAGAGAAAAAAGAAAGAAACUUUGAAGAUAAAUGAUCAUGCCAAGUUGCCAAAUUGUUGGCUGAUUUUCAAGAUUUUGGUUGAAUUCAUUGCAUCUGAUUGAGGAGAAUGUCCCGGCCACUUCAUCGAGGUGUUUUAGGAGGGGGGAGACUUUCAGGGAAUAUUCAAGAUUAUUUAGAAGACUCUCAAAUGAAGAUUAAAACAGACAAAGAAGAAUUCGAUAAGAAUUUAAAAGCAUCAUCUGAUCAAGUGUCUUUAUCUUUAAGAAAUCCGUUCCAAUUCUUAUUUUCGGCAAACACACCAUCCAAACAAGAUGCCCUUGAAAAUGGAUUUGGUGUCUCUGAUCCGUUUACCUCCACAACUUUAAGGAAUCGCCAUAUACUAACUUUGCUUAUUCUGAAGUUUAGUUUAGUUGUGAUAGUGAUCCUUGGUCUUACAAUGUCGUUGUUGUGGACAAUAUCACUUACUAAUGGUUCUAAAGGUCAUAUAGUCCGUGGGUAUAGACGGCUGCAAGAACAGCUUGUGUCUGACUUAUGGGAUAUUGGUGAGCUCUCACUCGGUGCCACUAGGUUCAAAGAGUCAGACUUUUGUUCUCCACAAUAUGAAAAUUUUGUACCCUGUUUCAAUAUUAGUGAAAAUCUUGAGGCGGGCUUAACCGAAGGGAAAGAGUUUGACCGUCGUUGUGGACCCAUGUCAAAGCAGAACUGUUUAAUUCUUGCUCCACCCAAGUACAAAAUUCCUCAUAGGUGGCCUACUGGGAGAGAUGUGAUCUGGAUUGAUAAUGUCAAAAUUACUGCACAGGAGGUACUUUCAUCUGGAAGCUUGACAAAGAGGAUGAUGAUGUUAGAUGAAGAUCAAAUAUCGUUUAGUUUUGCGUCUUCUAUGGUAGAUGAUAAUAUAGAAGACUAUUCUCAUCAGAUUGCAGAAAUGAUUGGUUUAAGAAAUGAAUCUUAUCUUGUACAAGCUGGAGUGAGAACAGUAUUAGAUAUAGGUUGUGGUUAUGGUAGUUUAGGAGCACAUCUAUUUCCUAAACAACUUUUAACAAUGUGUAUUGCAAACUAUGAGGCUUCAGGCAGUCAAGUUGAAAUAGCUCUUGAACGUGGGCUCCCUGCAAUAAUUGGUUCCUUUACUUCUAAACAGUUACCAUUCCCGUCACUUUCAUUCGAUAUGAUACACAGUGCAUGGGAUGGUGUUGAAUGGGAUAAAAAAGAUGGUAUACAUCUGAUAGAGGUCGAUCGAAUUUUGAGGCCUGGCGGAUACUUCGUGUGGACCUCACCUUUCGCUAACACGCCAGCUUCUGUUCGUGAUAAAGAAAGUCUGAAAAGAUGGGAUUUCGUGCGUAAUAUUGCUAUAGAUCUUUGCUGGGAUCUAUUAUCACAACAAGAGAAAACAGUUGUGUGGAAAAAGCCGAACAAGAAGAAUUGUUAUGCUUCUAGGAAACAUGGGUCAGGUCCUUUAAUCUGCAAAGAGGGUCAUGAUAUUGAAUCUCCAUAUUAUCAUCCACUUGAAGCAUGCAUAGGAGGAACCCGGAGCCGGCGAUGGUUUCCUAUUGAAGAAAGAUCAACAUGGCCUUCUAGAUCUACAUUGAGCUCAAAGGAACUUGCGGUUCAUGGCGUACUUUCAGACGACUUCACAGAAGAUAACCUUAACUGGAAGUCAGCACUUCGAGAAUAUUGGUCUCUACUCUCCCCAUUGAUAUUUUCGGAUCAUCCAAAGAGACCUGGUGAGGAGGAUCCUAUUCCGCCUUAUAAUAUGGUCAGAAAUGUGUUAGACAUGAAUGCCCAUUUUGGCGGUUUUAAUUCUGCAUUAUUGGAUGCCAGAAAGUCUGUAUGGGUGAUGAAUGUGGUCCCCACUAGUGGUGUCAACCAUCUUCCUCUUAUCCUAGACAGGGGAUUCAUUGGCGUGUUGCAUGACUGGUGUGAAGCCUUCCCAACUUACCCUAGAACUUAUGAUAUGGUGCAUGCUGAUGGACUUUUAACCCUGCAAACCGUUAAGCAGUCUCGUUGCAGCUUGCUGGAUCUUUUUUACGAGAUCGACCGGUUGCUUCGUCCAGAGGGUUGGGUGAUACUACGUGAUACUGCUCCUCUGAUUGAAUCAGCCAGAAUCAUCACAGCUAGAUUAAAAUGGGAAGCACGAGUUGUGGAAAUCGAGAAUAACAAUGAUGAAAAACUUCUCGUGUGCCAGAAACCUUUAAUAAGGAGCCAAGCAAACUCAUUAUAACAACAUUAAACAUUCAUUUUCUUCAUUAUUCAGCAUUUUAUUGUUACCAAACUGAAGAACUUUUGGGCAGAAAAAGAAAGCCUGAUGGAACUCAAGUCAUAGGUGAUAUUAAAGAGAAAACAGGUCUGCUGAAAGGAUCAAACAAACUCCCUUGAAGUGCAGGGCCGGUGUAAUUAUACGAAAGUAUAGGUGCGGGAUUUUUAUACAUGAAGCUUAUUGUCUUUUUCUUGCAAGGGUAUACAACUAUAUGAUGAAUUUAUUUAUAAGAAUAAGGUGAUGUUAGUAUAUAUACGAGGCGCGGAUGAAAGCUAAUAUUGUUCUUUCAAUGAUAUGAUGUUGACAAUAAUUCUUUACAUUCAUACUAUAUCUGAAUUCUAUUCUUUGAUACUA